AUGUCUACACAUCCAGAGAAGCAGCAACAACCGCGUGUCAGCAGUUGGGCUAUCGAGGACUAUGCAGCAAAGGCCAAGUCGAAGGCCUUGAUGAUGGGAGGGAUCAACCAGUCUUUGCCAGGAUGGUCCAAAUGCGCUUGGGGCUGGAUGAGUGACUACAAAGGCUUUUGGUACAAAGAGACAAAGCAGUAUUGUGGCCAUGGCAAAGGGUGGCGCGACGGGAAAGAUAUCAAGAAGAUGGGUGCCUACUGUUGCAACCUCGCCAUGAAUUCUUUGUAUAUCGGAAGUUUGAGCAACCCAGAGAAACAUCCCUAUGUCUACAGCAGCAGAAUAGAAGCAGAGGAGGCGUGCCACAAGGCAGGCUACCGUGGCCUUUGUUCAAAGUCGCAGAUCGAAGGCUAUGCCAGGUGUGCUGCUGGGUGGCUUUCUGACUCAAAAGGCUAUUGGUUUGAUCGUACAAAACAUGGAUGUGGCCACGGACGGGGCUUCAGGGGCUGGGGUGCUGGUAAAGUUGGGGCAUAUUGCUGUGCCCCAACGGUGAACAACAUCCAAUACAUCGGCUCCAUUCAUGAUACGGCUGCUCAUCCAUAUGUGUAUGAUACGCGGUCGGAUGCCGAGAAAGCGUGCAAAGCAGCUGGAUAUCAUGGUCUUUGCAGGAAGGGGCAGGCUGGAGGCUAUUCGAGGUGCGCCGCUGGCUGGUACAGCGACUACAAGGGCUAUUGGUUCCACAAGAAACUGGCAGGGUGUGUGAACCAGCCUGGCUGGGCUGGCUGGGGCGCUGGAAAGGUGGGAGCCUACUGCUGUAACCUUGCGUCCAAUGUUCAAUACAUCGGCUCCUUGAGCAAUCCUAAAGCUCAUCCGUAUGUCUAUGAGACAAAGACUGAUGCCGAGAAAGCAUGCAGCACUGCUGGCUACCAACGACUUUGUCGAAAGUUUGAAAUCGAAGGCUUUGCAAAGUGCGCUGCUGGAUGGUUGGCGGACUACAAAGGAUACUGGUUUGAUCGCACGAAAAGCGGCUGUGGGCAUGGUGUCGGCUAUCGCGGCUGGGGCAAUGGCAAGGUGGGUGCAUACUGCUGCAGCCCUAAGGACAACAUAAAGUUCGUUGGCAAACUCAGCAAGGCUGGAUGGAUGAAAGACUUCAAGGGCUACUGGUUCGACAGGACACAUCAACAUUGUGGCACAGGCAUAGGAUACCGCAGUUGGGGUGCCGCCGACGCAGCUGGUGCUUAUUGCUGUGAGAAACUCGAACUGCCUUUGUGCCAUGAAGAUCGGUUGUCAGCUAGCAAGGGCGUUUGGCGCUGUGAUGAAUACAGUGGCACGACUGGAGAGGAGAAUGCAUGCGUCGAGAAAUACCAACAGAUUGAAACGGAUGGCAAGACUCGGUAUUUCAAGUGCGUUGCCAGCAAUGCGGGUGGAGGACGGAGUUUUGACAACCCGCAGCGCUUGCAACACUAUUGGAGCUUCAAGUUCUCGCUCUUCCACCGCGGCAAUAUUGCCCGGAGUCCUCAGUCCUUGUAUGUCCGUUGGGGUGAAGAACUCACUCCAGAGCUGUGCUGCAGCAAUACCGGCAACAUCGAGAAGUGUAUGUUUGAUCAUCACUACUUCACGCAGUUUGAGUGUUGCCAGAGCAACUGGGCUAUUUUGGAUCCAUAUCCUUUGACAGUGGCACCAACUGUGUCAUUCCCCGAUCCAGAUGACUGGAGCCAAAAUCAUCCAGCCUAUUCGCAGGAGCAGCAAGAGUGGGAGGAGUUGAUUCGCUAUGCAGCUCGAACUAAAGAGGUGCAGCUCUCCUCUGGAAGUUUGCAGCUCUAUGUCUUCAAAGGCGAUAUGCCUGAUAUCCACCUCUAUCAGCUAGAGUCCGAGUCUCCAAACGCCUUCGCACGGAUUGUGGAUAUUGGCGCCAACUACGGCGGUGUGGCAGUAGCCUUGGCACAGCAUCAGCCCUUUGCACGUCUCAUGGUCCUUGAGCCCAACCCGCUUUUGUGCCGCUUCUUGCUGUGGAACAUCCGCUCACACAAUUUGACACAUCGCGUUUGGCCCCUUUGCGCUGCUUUGGGCAACACAGAACUCUUCAUUGAGCCAUGUAAGGAACCAUGGGUUGGUGGUCCAGUGAACACUUGCAUGAACCUGGCCAUGCGUACCUUCACUGGCAAAGCAUCGGACGGCUCUGCCGUGAAGGUGCCAGCCUUGAACCUCAAAGACAUUCUCAGUCACGUUGGUUGGGAAAGCUUUGACCUCUUGAAGCUGGACUGUGAAGGCUGUGAAUGGCCAUUGUCACGAUUGGCACCACUGCCUAGACGCGCAGUGGGGGAGCUGCACUUUGACUGCUUUCAACGUCAGUGUUGGCCACCCAAGCAACGGUCGGGCAAUUGCAGCCAUGUCGCUCAGUUCUCAUCCUUGCAGGACAGAACUCCGACUCCCGAUUCCUACGUUUGUGGGUAA